AUGCGACUGAGAGCGGUUUCCUGUCUUGCAAGGCCUAGCAUACGGCUACUUGCCCAAUAUUUAAUUGACGCCCCUUAUUCAAGCGUUGCGAGCUUGACAGGUGUUCGGCAUGGCGAUUUAAAUCCUGUCAAAGGUCGGUUCGACCUUCGCGACAAAAGUUAUAUCGUUACCAGGGGCGGUCGAGGCAUCGUAUACGCGAUAACUCGUGCGACUGCAGAAAUGGGAGGGAAUUUAUCUGUGCUUGAUGCUGCGCCUGUACCUAUGACAGACGUUACAACUUUGGCAGCUAAAUUUGGAGUCAGGACGAAGUACAUGCAUGCAGAUAUCACGGAUAAAAAGAGCUUGGCUCAAGCAUUCGAUGACACGGUCACUGAGUUUAGCUCGCUGGGUGGCUGGUAUGUUUUGAUGGGCUGCUUAGUGAGACUUGCUCUUAGGACUCAUCGGAAGUCAACAGUCACGGCUUCUGAAUUACCACUGAUGGCCCGAAGGAGGGCGACAAGGUCGGCUGGUAUCGUCAAAAGUGCUACCCUUGAAGCCGCCACUUGUCCUCCUCGAUAUUUCAAUGACAGUCCGUUGAACGGGAUACAGAGGAAAGACGCCCGGUGA